GAGAUGGGAUAAUAAUUAUCCUAUCUCUAUGGGGAGGUCCUAGGGGUCAUAGGGGUCCUAGGGUCUGGUUUUUUCAGUAUGCCACUUACAGGGUCCCCACUUCUAUAUGUACUCAUUAUUCGUACAUAAUCAUUCUUCGUACAUAAAAAUGGUACACUGCAAGGCCAUACGCCUAAACCGUCGCCUGGUGAUAACCGAUGUCCCAACAGCGGACGACUUCAACGUUGUUGAUUGCAAUGAAAACGAGGAACUGGAAGAUGGUGAAGUUCUUAUCAAGACGCUUUUUCUUUCUGUCGAUCCCUACAUGAAAUUUAGAAUGAUAGAAGGGGAUUCUACAUACGCGUAUUUGAAACCUUGGGAAGUUGGCGGCAUAUGCGAUGGGGGCGGUGUUGGUGUGGUCAUAGCAAGCAGGUUUGCAGGUUUAUCAAAGAACGAUCUUGUGGAAUCUUUUCAUUUCAAAUGGCAAACUAUUUUCAAGACUGACGGAAAGUUUGUCAACAAGAUAGAGAAUGAUGUUGUUAAAUCAAAUGCAUCCCAGUGUCUUGGUCUUUUUGGCAUCACAGGACUAACAUCCCUGCUUGGUUUAAAACAUUUCGGAAACAUUAAACAAGGAAAAAGCCAGACUAUUGUCAUCAGUGGUGCAGCAGGAGCAUGUGGGUCAGCUGCUGGUCAGAUUGCAAGGAUAUUUGGUGCUACAAACGUUGUUGGUAUAUGUGGUUCAGAAGCAAAGUGUAGAUAUUUAACAGAGGAUCUUGGCUUCAAUGCUGCUGUCAACUACAAAACAGAAAAUGUGGCAGCCUCCUUGAAAAAAGCUUGCCCUGGUGGUGUUGACACUUAUUUUGAUAACGUUGGAGGAAACAUUAGUAAUGAUGUCAUCAGGCUGAUGAAUGAAGAUUCUCAUAUUGUUUUAUGUGGUCAGAUAUCAACUUACAACAAAGAGCUUGAAUAUCCUCCCCCCAUACCUGCUGAAAUUAGAGAGAUCCUAAAAUCAAGAAAGAUUACAAGGGAAAGAUUUUUGGUCCUUAAUCAUUCAGCUGAAUGGAAAGAAAGCUUGGAUAUUCUAACAAGUUGGUACCAAGAUGGCAGCAUCAAAUCUCGUGAGACAAUUACUGAAGGGAUUGAAAAUAUUGGACAUGCUCUUGUGUCAGUGAUGACCGGAGGAAACAUAGGGAAACAAGUAGUCAGAGUAGCAUAGAUUCUAAGGUGUUGUACAGGCAAUUCAGCUAACAAGCUUUGGUCAGUGCAAUUUUAGUGGUCUGUUGUGUCUAAAUGAAUAAUAAGAUGUGGAUAGAAGCAACACGAAUGUUUUUGCAAACGCGCCCUUUAGAGUAGCUCAAAUUCAUUUAUGCCAUUAAAAUGUUUUGCUAUUUUUUGAGGCAUAAUAAUGUUACUUCUAAUAAGCUCCAAUUUAAAACGGAGUUCAUUACUUUAUGAGAUAAGAUAGAUACACUGGCAACAAAUAUUCACUGACAGAAGUUUACCACUCCAGUAGAAAGGCUUUAUUUUUUAAAAUACGAUCUUUUUUCGUAAAAACGAUCUCGAUGUUAUAAUUUUUGGAAUGAUUCGAAGCUCGGAUGUUCUUAUUUCUGUAACAUUGGUUUUCCUGCAUUUUUAGAAUCAAUUAAAUUGAUUUAAAAACAAUUAAUAACGGUCAUUAAAAACAAUUAAAAACUUUGCAGGUCAUUUUUAGCACACGAUUGAUCGCAUGAUAAAAUCUUCUCUUUUUUCUAUUUUGGUAACAUGUAUUUUUUUAAAGAUACACUGUUUUUCCUUCUAAUUUUCCAUCAGAAGCAGGGCAAGUUGUUUUUUCUUGGCACGUUGUUCAUAUUUUUUUAAAAAAAAAAUUGAGAGUGUUCUUUUAAAUUGCGUUCUUAUGAAAAUCAUUCUAACUGUAAUUUCAAGGUACUAAACCUUUCAUAACUUUGAAAGAUAAAGUGAUUGUUUUGUC